UGUUCCAUACGCACAACUAGUAAAGAAUUUCCUCCCAAAUCGCCCCCCUGUAAAGAGCAUCAUGCGUUUGACAACCAUCGCUCCUUAAUUCUCUGCUGAAGGAGAGGCCAAACGCAUGCAAUCGUAACUCCCAGCUUAUUCGUUUUUCUUCAUCUCUGCCCAUUUUCGGUUCGGUUAUGUGACGCUUGAAGGUGGACCAAUUUGCUCGAGCAGUUAAUUUGGUGAUUCUUCUGUUCUUUGAAAUGCCAUAAAAUUCUCCCCUUUGUUAUGUUUUGCGUAGCUGUGCAGGAGUAUUUAAGUGCUCUGCUUGAGCAACUUUCUCACCGCCUCCCACUUGUUUCUUGCUCUUCCUCAUCGGUGGAGGCGGAUGCUUGUCACCUACUCCUACUUUUAAGUUCCCCACUCUCUCUCACACUUCUUCUACCUCGAUCGAUCCCUCACGUAAAAUUGUCAGUUGUAUUACCAUCAACCAAAACCGCAAGCAGAGGAACCAGAAGAAGAAAGCAAGCAGAGGAAGAUCGAGGGGCAGAAAGGAGCAAGCGAUCGAAGCGAGCCACCCGGAUCAAGAUUCCAAGCAUUGCGGCAUCUGAUCUCUGUUGUCGUGCCAUUGCCUUGUGCGGGAAUUGUUUCUUCCUGGCUUGGCGAUGGACAGGCACACCUGCAAGCUCUGCUUCCGUCGGUUCCAGAAUGGCCGUGCGUUAGGCGGCCACAUGCGCUCCCAUGUCAUGGCGGCGGCUGCCGCGGCCACCGCUGCAGCCGCGUACUCGCCUCCAGUACCGCAGCAGUCGCCGCCACUGUCCUUGGCAUCCACAUCGUCGACCGCCAUGGAUGGCGCCCAAGCGCAGCGGAAGACACUGCCCUGCGUCUUCCGUGAGGACCCCAAGGAGAGCCGCAAGGUUAAGGCAGGAGGCGCGCUACCGGAAUUCUCCGGCGGAUACUUCGGCGGGCCGGCGGCCGGCGGCGAGUCCUCGGUCGUGCAAGAUGGCGAGAGCGACGCCGAGUCCACACCGCGCGGCGGCGGCGGCGGCGGCGCGGGGUUCGCCGUGAGCCGCCGGCGCUCGAAGCGGGCGCGCCGGCGGCGCGCGGCGGAUCCCGAGCAGCAGCCGGCUAGCAGCGUCGUCUCCGACGCGACGCGCGAGGAGGAGGACGUGGCCAUGUCGCUCGUGAUGCUGUCCAGGGACUCGUGGGCCCGGCCCAGAUCCGAGCCCGAGCCCCGCUCCUGGGCCAGGGCGAGCUCGGAGGCCGCCAAGCAAAACAACGUGUUCGACGACGACCACGACCACGACGUGGCUGGCGACGAGGAGUACUACUACUACGGCGAGCCGGCGACGGCCGCGCGAGGCCCACGCGGCAGCAACAGGCACCAGUGCGGCGUGUGCAAGAAGGUGUUCCGGUCGUACCAGGCGCUCGGCGGCCACCGCGCCAGCGUCAAGAAAGGCAAGGGCGGCUGCGUGCCCCCUCCGGCGCCAGGGAAGAAGGGCUCCCGCGCCGGCGACGGCGUCGUCCACGAGUGUCCGUUCUGCUUCCGCGUGUUUGGCUCCGGACAGGCCCUGGGCGGACACAAACGCUCGCACAUGCGGCCCGCGGCGGCGGCCGCGGCCACCUCACCUGCAGCGAAAUGCGGCGACAGCAGCUUCGGCUCCUUCGACCUCAACGUGGCGCCGCCCGCGUUCGACGACGACUUCGAGCUCUCCGCCGUCUACGACGCCGAGUUCGGCAGCAGCACCAGACGGUGAGAUCGAUCGGCAGCUGAUCUCGCCAUGCCAUUGAUUGUCAACCUCCAGAUCGAUGACCAAAUGUACCUAGACAAGCUCAUGAAUCGGCAUGCAAGGAUGGAUCCGAGGUAAAGGGCUCCGCCGCGUCCGUGCAAGAACCAGGUGGAAAACAGUUCGAUAAUAAUUAUUUCUUAUUUGCCGGGUUGAAAUUUCAAUUGCAAUACAUUAUUGUGAUUGGUAGGACUGAAUUAGUUCAGCAGGCAGAUUCAAUUUUUUUUUUGUUCCAUGUACCUAAAUUGGGUCAUCUUCUACUACAUUAUGGAGGAGUACUGUAAUUCUCUCAUUGAACUCUGCAUUUAGUGGCUCAUUAACCCCUGCCAUUAA